CGUCCGCCCUGCCGCGUCCUCUUGAGCACUUAAACACACCACAUGGACUUUGGAUUGGGCAUUUUUUUGUGUAGUCUUUUUUGGGGGGAGUUUUUUUAAUUUAAAAAAAAGAAGAAGAAGUUUGAAUCAUGUUGUCAACUAGUAAUAAGAAGGCGGCCGUCUCUGUGGGCAGCGCCGCGGGCCUCUGCCUGCUGCUGCUGCUGCUGGCCGCCGCGCAGCAUCACCGCGUUCAGGUGCGGGACGACGCGUCCGCGGCGGGGGACGCGGGCGGCACGCGCUCUCUGCUCCAGGAUGCCGCGCAUGAGGUAGAGGAGGAGCAGCAGACGAAGAAGGGCUUCUCGGCGUACUUCACCAAACUGACCCGGGGACGCCGCGACGUGGAGAAGCCCGCGCGCUCCUCCUCCUCGGCGUACGGCGCCGACCCGCCUCCGGCCGAGGACAUCGGCGCCAACGACGUCUUCAUCGCGGUGAAGACCACCAAGAAGUUCCAUCAGUCCAGACUCAAUCUGCUCCUGGACACGUGGAUCUCGAGAAACGUGCAACAGACGUACAUCUUCACGGACGGGGAGGAUGCGGAGCUGAAGAAGAAAAUUGGGAGUCACGCCAUCAACACAAACUGCUCCGCCGCUCACAGCCGACAAGCUCUCUCCUGCAAGAUGGCGGUGGAAUACGAUAAGUUCAUCGAGUCGGGGAAAAAGUGGUUCUGUCACGUCGAUGACGACAACUACGUGAACGUGCGGACCCUGGUGAAGCACCUGUCCCAGUACCCCCACACCCAGGACAUGUACAUCGGGAAGCCCAGUCUGGACCGGCCCAUCGAGGCCACGGAGAGGCUGGGGGACAACAAGAUGAAACCCGUCAACUUCUGGUUCGCUACCGGAGGAGCCGGCUUCUGUGUGAGCCGAGGGCUGGCGCUGAAGAUGAGCCCGUGGGCCAGCGGCGGCCACUUCAUGAACACAGCGGAGAAGAUCCGUCUGCCCGACGACUGCACCGUGGGCUACAUCAUCGAGUCGGUUCUGGGGGUUCCUCUGACCCGCAGCAACCUGUUUCACUCCCACCUGGAGAACCUGCAACAGGUGUCCCGAACGGAGAUACACAAGCAGAUCACUCUCAGUUAUGGGAUGUUCGAAAACAAGAGUAACAUCAUCAACUUCAAAGGGGCUUUUCCUGUGGAGGAGGAUCCAUCAAGGUUCAAGUCGGUGCACUGUCUCCUGUACCCGGACACCCCCUGGUGCCCCCCUCAGGUUGCCUUCUAGGGCGACCGCUCCCCCCUCAUCCUCGUCCCCGCCGCGCCUCGGUAUCUGAAAGGCUCGCGGGGACCCGUGUUUUGGUGUGAGACCGCUGUGCGCGGUCUUUUAAUAGUUUUACUGGGCUGCUGUGCGGCCCGCUAUCGGGACUAUUCCCUUCCGGUCCGGAGCCAGGACCUCGCCCCAUGAUGUUCUGGCGCGGGGCCCCCAGCUCUGGGGCAGGAAGUAGCUUUCAGCGUUAAGCUUUGCAGGCAAUCAGUUGAGCUUUUUGUGAUGUAUAAUGUUGCUUGUAAAUGUAUAUCUGCAAUUCUCAUAGAAUGUAUUGACAUGUAUUCAAGCCUUUUUGCCAGCUUUACACUAACAUUUAUUUUAAUUUUUUUUCUCGCUUUUUACAAAAUAAUGCAAAGCCAUGCAGCUCUUUUGCUUGUAGGCUUUUUUUAAUUAUUGACUUUUAUCACAUAUAAUUGGCAUUUUUGUUCUGAAUUUUUUUACUUCGAUGACUCCGGACAAAUGCUCUAAUAUGAAGAUGUUGUUGUGCUUUUUAAGUUUACUGUGUUAUGUCUCCCUUUAACUGAGCUGGCAGUCGGAAGAUUCCCCAAUGCAUCCUUUUGGGGACCUAAUCUGAGGUAUAUCAGGAAUAAGCACUUUUCCCGUUGCGAUAUAUAUUCCGGUCAAUAUUUCUGACCUAAUUUACGUCCUUUUUAAUGACAUGCUUCAGAUUUGUGUCCAAACUGUAACAAAGAAAUAACCCACUCAGAAUCUCUCAUAUCUAUUCGUGAAUAUAUACAUAAAUAUGUAUAUUCGUAUGUAUAAUAUAUAAUGAGUAGGAAGAGAUUUUGAAUAUUGGGUUACAAUCAGCUUUUGAAUUGCUUCGAAAUCUUUCUUAUUUGUUGUUGUUGAGAAAAAAUUGCACAGCUGAGUUUCAAAUGAGCUGAUGUUUGCUCCUGGAAAGACGCUCGCCUCACGCAGAAGGUGACGAAUUAGGGAAAAGAAACUACAAACUAUUUGAAACCGAGGCAUCGAAACAUACCCGCGUGUGCGGCGCGGCCUCUGAUGCCUUGCUCAAAAGACUCGAGGCGGGAACUUCCCAGGAGCAACAUGAGUGUUUCCACAUGGAGGCGUCCUCCGUGUCGUCUCACCCAUAUUGGGUUGCGUUGUACAUUUUGAUUGCAGUAUUGUGUACUGUACCCUUUGUUUUUUUACAUUAGUACCCCCCCCCCCCAACCUUUGAUGAUCUGUGUGCUGCUUUGCACCGUGGUGUUUAUUCUCCAGUAUCUGGAGGCUUCGAGCGGUUCUUUUCCAAUACUGGCUCCUCAGGGAUUACGAGCUGAUCCUGGUAUCAACUACCAUGGGACCUACAACUUUGAAUAAAAAGUGCAUAACCACUGAGAAAACAUUA